CCAACCGUUAUCUACACCAUAAACCAAAAUAUGGCAGAGGUGGUGGACGUGUCGCCGGAGGUGGUGGUGGUGAGAAACAAGCAAGUGAUAUUCAAAGACUACGUGAAUGGAUACCCAAAAGAAUCUGACAUGGUGGUAACUUCCGAUGCCAUCAUCCGUUUGGAGCUACCCAAGAAUGAUAGCGGUGUAAUUUUAUCAAAGAAUCUCUAUUUGUCAUGUGACCCCUACAUGAGGGGUCGAAUGAACAAGACCUUUACAGGAAGUUACGUACCUUCUUUCACUCCUGGUUCGCUUAUAUCCGGAUAUGGAGUCUCAAAAGUCUUGGAUUCGACUCACCCCUACUUCAAGAAAGGUGACUUGAUAUCAGGACCUUCCACUAACUGGGAAGAGUAUAGCUUGAUCAAGAAUACUGAGUCAUUGAUAAAGAUUGAACAUACAAAUGUCCCUAUUUCUUACUACACUGGAAUCCUCGGAAUGCCGGGCAUGACUGCGUAUGUUGGAUUGUACGAGAUUUGUUCACCCAAGAAAGGAGACACCGUGUUCGUGUCAGCAGCAUCUGGAGCUGUUGGUCAGCUUGUUGGGCAAUUUGCUAAACUCUAUGGCUGUUAUGUUGUUGGAAGUGCUGGAUCUAAAGAGAAGGUCGAUCUACUAAAGGACAAGUUUGGGUUCGAUGAGGCUUUUAACUACAAAGAAGAGCCUGACCUCAAUGCUGCUUUGAAAAGGCAUUUUCCAGAUGGUAUUGAUAUUUACUUUGAGAAUGUUGGUGGAAAGAUGCUCGAUGCAGUACUAGUCAACAUGAGAGUUAAAGGUCGCAUUGCUGUUUGUGGGAUGAUCUCACAAUACAAUAUUGAUCAACAUGAAGGCAUUCAUAAUCUUGCGUUCCUUAUCUUGAAUCGUAUUAGAAUGGAAGGGUUCUUGGCUCCAGAUUACUAUCACUUGUAUUCUAAGUUCUUGGAAACGGUUUUGCCUCUCAUUCAAGAAGGAAAGAUAACGUAUGUUGAGGACAUUGUUGAAGGGCUUGAGAAUGCUCCGGCUGCAUUGGUUGGGUUGUUUACUGGUAAAAAUGUCGGGAAACAAGUUGUUGCAGUAGCUCACGAGUAACCAUCUAUUUGCUACGUACUAUGAGAGAAUCGUACACUUGUUUUGAAAAUAAUUACCUUAUAUUCGAGUAAUUUGAAAGAUAGUUUACAAUAUGACCAAUUGUUGGAGGCUAAAUGGUGGUGUUCUCCUUCUUUGAGGUAAAGGAUUUAAGUCCUAUCGUGUACAUAAAUAGUAUUAAGUGUUAAUUUAGGAGUAGAUUAUAUAUUUAUAUAUUUAACGGACUAAAAAAAUACCAACCAUAAAAACACCAUAAUGCAAUUAA